AUGUCUAAGAAGACGCUCCAGUGUUCGGCAGCAGAUCAGUCGGAACACGAUCAGCCUCCAAACCACUGUCAAGUGGACCGGCCCUCAAACGCAGCUCCGGGCUGUAGGAACAAGACUGAAUCAGGUCAGAGGAACGAGGAGACGGCCUCCUCGUCCCCGGAGAGCGGCAGCACGAACGGAGAUGGGAAGCGCAGUGGCAAGAGCCGCCGCCGCAAGAAACGCUCCUCAAAUCCUGAGGGCAGCGCUGAAGAGAAGGCCAACAGCGAGACCAAGAGUCUGGAGAAGCCACAGAAGAAGGCCGUGCAGCCGUCUGAGCCCCGGGCCACUCUGAUCGGCCUGCAGUCCGAGUGUGGCAACGUGUGGUUUGAACGCAGCCUCUACGAGCGGGCCGAGAGCCUCUACCAGUGCUGGUUGGCUGGUUCCUCCAAUGGGACCACCCAGUCGAACCAGUCACCUCCGGCUCCCAGCAAACACCCAAACUCUCCAUCAACCGCGGCUCCAUCUGUCUCUGGAGCGGUUUGCCCCCACGGCGACCAGGAGGCCUGUCACCAGACGACCUUUGACCCGGCAGAGCACCGCUUCGCCCAAGAAUCUGCGCAGCCGUCUGCUCCAAACUCUCUGGACCUCCCGUCCCCUCCCGACCGCUCCACCGCACCCAGAACACCUGACGAAGGAUAUCAAUCUCUGACGCCAACCCCUGCGACCCCUGUGACCCCUGUGACCCCUGCGACCCCUGCGACCCCUGCGACCCCUGUCCUCCAGCAGGCAGCCAUCACGCCAACCAGUCGACAGUCGAUCAACGGCCUGCCUCGCUUCCCGGUGGAGCUGCUUGGAGAGGUGUGGCUGGAGAAACCUCUGUACGACCGCGCUGAAGCCGCCUUCUACCAGAAUCUAUACGGCAACAAUUCCUCCAAGCGCUCCAGCUGCGCCUCCUCGUCCAGGAACAGCGAGCACCCUCAAAGCCUUGUGGAAGAGGAAGAGGAGGAGGAAGGGCUGGCGGAGGAGGUGGAGGAUGAGGAGGAGGUAGUGGAGGAGAAACGUGUGGUCCAGCCGGGUAAAGCAGAAAUCUUCCAUGCCCUGCACCCGAUCCAAGAAGAGGAGGAGCCAGCCGAGGUCCCGGAGAAGGAAGAGGCGUCGGGGGUGGGAGGAGUCUGCCACUUCCUCCACCCAGACAGCGAGCGGGUGUGGCUGGACAAGUGGCGGUAUGACGCUGCAGAGAGCCGCUUCCAUGGCUCCAGUGGAGAUAAAGCCGUGGUGGUGGAGACGAAGGGUCGGAGGCCAGAAGCCGACGCCUCACCAGCCGCCUCCACGGCUCCACUGGGGGACAACACCAUGAACUUUCUGGCCCAGGAGAAGAUCUGGUUUGACAAACCUCGCUACGACGAGGCAGAGAGACGCUUCUAUGAAAACAUGAACGGCUCCUCACCACCAGCGCAGGACGCUGGAGCGACCAGCAUUCUGCAGGACAUCGCACGCGCUCGGGAAAACAUCCAGAAGUCUCUCGCUGGACUGAAGACAACACUGUGUCAGAGAGAGUCAGCUCAACCUUCCACGAGCCAACACCCACAGUUUAGCACCACCAGCACCACCAGCACCACCACCAGCACCACCAGCAGCAGCAGCAGCGGAGCAGCAGCUGAUCAAGGAGAAGUCAUCUCUCGGAUCAACAGCCUGGAGCUGGAGAACCAGAGCCUACACAAAGUGGUCGACAACUUGCGGGCGGCGCUUUCCAAACUGGAAUGUCGAGUUGCAGUUCUGGAGAAAUCUCCUGUGACGGCGGCUCCUGCUCCGUCAGUCCCCUACACAAACGGCACUUCUGUCCAGCAGAAGACCAGCGCCCCAGUGGAAGAAGAAGAGGAGGAAGAGGAGGAGGAGGAGGAGGACGAUGAUGAUGACGACAUCGACCUGUUCGGCAGUGAUGACGAUGAAGAGGCAGAGAAGCUGAAACAACAGAGAUUGAAAGAGUACGCGGAGAAGAAGUCCAAGAAGCCCACCCUCAUCGCCAAGUCCUGCAUCUUAUUGGAUGUCAAACCUUGGGACGAUGAGACGGACAUGGGGAAGCUGGAGGAGUGUGUGCGCUCGGUCCAGGCCGACGGUUUGUUAUGGGGCACGUCCAAGCUGGUUCCUGUGGGCUACGGCAUCAAGAAGCUGCAGAUCACGUGUGUGGUGGAGGACGACAAGGUGGGGACGGACUUGUUGGAGGAGGAGAUCACCAAGUUUGAAGACUAUAUCCAGAGCGUCGACGUCGCUGCUUUCAACAAGAUCUAAUCCCACUCUGUCUUUUUGUUUUCGUCUUUUGUCACGCCUGGUUCCUCUGCUUUGUGUCAACGGUUAAUAAUAAGAAUUAAAAUACAACUCGAGCACUGAA